UUUUUAAAACUUGAAUUUUAUUCCAACACAUUGCAAAUUAUUAAAUUUAUCAAAUACGCGUUUCUAUCUUCUGAAUUUCACUUAUUUCAGUUUUAACUUUUUUCCAGUGGUUGGCAAUUGAUCUUGAUAUGAAAUAGAAAUGUUACUAGAGAAAGUUACUAAACAGUACGUCUCGGCAGGUGUCUUGUACAGGUGUUCAGUCGGCUAGUGGCGCGUAUUCGCGUGUUCGGUAUAUACGUUGUUCUCUCAGCACGAUAAAGCAUUUGACCGAUGUCGAACAAGUAUAUAAAAAAAAGACCGUGAAAUUUCUAUUUAAAAUUUGUAAAAAUGUCACGAUCAUGGUGUGAAGUGAUAAAUUCGAAAUAUCGUGAAAGGUGAUCAUUGCUAAGGGUAAAAAUUUUCACACGAAAGAUCGGCGGCAGACAUCGAGUUAUAUUGCAGCUGGAUAUUAUGCUAAACACGUUACGGUCAGAAUGCGGGAGGAAGAACUUGAGAUAUCACUCAAGGUGGUGAUAGUGGGUAAUGGAGCUGUGGGGAAAUCGUCAAUGAUCCAAAGGUUUUGCAAGGGCACUUACACAAGAGACUACAAGAAGACGAUCGGUGUCGAUUUUUUGGAACGGGAGAUAGAGGUGGAUGGCGAGGACGUAAGACUGAUGCUGUGGGAUACUGCCGGUCAGGAGGAAUUCGACGCAAUCACCGCGGCUUAUUAUCGCGGCGCCCAUGCCUGCGUCCUCGCUUAUUCAGCCACCGACAGAGAUUCCUUCGACGCCAUUCCUUCGUGGAAGCUGAAGGUACGACUCUCGUACACACGAGACAUACACAUCGUGCUGAACCGGUGCAAGCACGUUUCCGUGGAGAACGAGUGCGGCGAAAUUCCCACGGUUCUUGUGCAGAACAAGAUGGACCUCGUUGAUCAGUGCGUCAUUGAUCCGGACGAAGCUGAGAGACUUGGCCGCGCUCUAGGCUGUAAGCUUUUAAGAACGUCUGUGAAAGAGGACGUCGGUGUCAUGAGCGUCUUCCGGCACUUGGCGUCACGAUGCCUCCACGAGAUGCGUCGCUGUGACGACGAUUAUCAGGAUGACCUGAGAUUGUACUCAGCCGGGCCUAGAUCUCCUUCUGUAAUAAGUGCAUUUAGUCCAAAUGGAUCCACAUGUGGUCGGAGUACAGGGAAUGGUACCAUAGUCUUGCGGCCAGGAGCCAAGGCAAAGAACCAUAAAAAGAGGAAUUUUGUAAAAAACGCUUGUAGGCUACUUUAAUCUUUGCGUGGAUAAGUACGCGAUAAAUUAUAACGAAUACUUCAACCAUGUACAGACUGAUAUAUUCGUAUUUAUGAAAAUAUAACUAAUUUUUAUAUAA